GCGCCACCGGAAGUGUCCGGGGGGACCGAGGCCGAGGGACUCGGCGGAGCGGAAGUCAGUGAGUGAGACGACGGCGGCAGUGAGAGGAUGAACAACAAGUUCGACGCCUUGAAAGAUGAUGACAGUGGGGACCAUGACCAGAAUGAAGAAAACAGCACACAGAAAGACGGUGAGAAGGAAAAAAGUGAGCGAGACAAAAGUCAGAGCAGCAACAAGAGGAAGGCUGUUGUCCCUGGGCCUGCAGAACACCCACUGCAGUACAACUACACUUUCUGGUACUCCCGGAGGACACCAGGCCGGCCGACCAGCUCACAGAGCUACGAGCAGAACAUUAAGCAGAUCGGCACAUUCGCCUCUGUCGAGCAGUUCUGGAGGUUUUAUAGCCACAUGGUACGUCCCGGGGACCUGACAGGCCAUAGUGACUUCCAUCUCUUCAAAGAGGGAAUCAAACCCAUGUGGGAGGAUGAUGCAAAUAAAAAUGGUGGCAAAUGGAUUAUUCGACUCCGCAAGGGCUUAGCAUCCCGGUGCUGGGAGAAUCUUAUACUUGCCAUGUUGGGGGAACAGUUCAUGGUGGGCGAGGAGAUCUGUGGGGCAGUUGUCUCUGUCCGUUUCCAGGAGGACAUUAUUUCAAUCUGGAACAAGACUGCCAGUGACCAAGCGACCACAGCCCGUAUCCGGGACACGCUCCGUCGAGUGCUUAACCUACCUCCCAACACCAUAAUGGAAUACAAAACACACACCGACAGCAUCAAGGCCUGGGAGGAGUUUCACGGCCUGGUGAACAGCAGCGGCCGCUGAUGGGACACUUCCCCUCUCUGUCUCUCACACCCAGGGGACAAUUCAAGUUUUCGAAAUACAAAAAUCACAUUGUGAAAGUACCCAAGCUGGCAAUAAUCCUUUUCUGUAUGUGUAUGUCUGUCUGUCUGAAACGGAUGGGAGGCCUCCAGCAGCUCCCUCCGUCUGCUCACUGAAGGGACAUCCCCGAUCCAUGGGCUCCCCUUUUGCACUCAUCCCUGGAGGAAGGAUUCCACUAGACGCCCUCCAGCAUCGCUGACUUUAUAAAGCAGAAAGACAGAAAAGAUGACUUUGUAAUAGACAGACUUUUUUUAAAAAUGGGGUUCUGGGGAGAGGUGAACCUUUCGUUUGCUGUGUGUGCCGUUGUCCACAUGCCUUCUGGGCCCUCUCUUGCUCUCUUGUUACACUUCUCAAAGGGUAUUGUGAACACACGUAUGUGCCAGAGCUGUUGACAGCGAGUUUAUCAGUAUUAUGAAUGUCUGUGCAUCUGGGAAGAAUUUCUGUUGGAGAGAGUCACCAUGCUUAUCUGUAAGUGCUCCUUUCUGGCGCUGCCUUUAAAUUAUUGGGACGUUUUGGUUUUUUUUCCCCCGUUCUCCCUCAUCCUCACCUCUGUCCUCUAAACGUGUCGAUGAUAUGUUGGUGACUGUCCAGGGCUCCGUAUGGCCUCCUGCCAGCCUCCGGUCCUUCCCUUUCUCAUCCCGAGGACGCUUCCUUUCUUCUUCAGCACGGCUGCCUGCAGCGCAGCCUCUGACGUGGUGUCUGCUCCCAUUUUGCAGAGGUGCAGGGCCCCUCUACUCAGGAGCCAGCCCCCAUCUUGAGCUCUGACUUUCGGGCUUCCCUGGGGGCAGGGCAUGAGACCCCGAGAGAGAGGCCUCUGGCUGUCCCCUCGUUGAGCAGGAAGGUCAGAGAGAGAACUUUGGGAGGCCAGAUCUGGCUGCAUCUUAAGAUGUGCCGUGGGAGGAUCCCGGACAUCGGAGGUGACACGUUGGCGUUGUUGAUGACUGUCUCACCUUUCCUGCCUGUUUGCAGCUGGCCAGGAGAGCUCCUUCUCGGCAGUCCUCUGUGCUUGGUGCCCACUCUGGUAAAUAUCUGCUGGUCCACGCGAUGCCCAGAUGAAACUCUUGAGAGCUUCGGUCAUCAGGCAUUAAGAUGGACCAGAUCCUUGGUCUGAGAAGUUUGAGUGACCUCUCAACUCCAGAAGGACUGAAUUCUACUUAAAAAGUAGAAUGAGUUCCCAAGGCCCAAAUAAGUGCUCGGCCUAGGACCCUGCAGGAGCCUUCCAGUUACACUGAUCUACUUAGCUCUUGGGAGCAAAGAUUAGCAGUGCCUUAAAACGAGGGCCUCUCUUUCAAGCAUCCUCUAAGGCUGGGUUGGCUGGGGCAAGGUAGGGACCCUUAAUCAACUGGGCUUAGCGGAAACCUAGGAAAGUGACAGGCAUUUCCUCAUUGGGCUUAGGAUCGUUUCUUCCUCUCCAGCACCCCAGUCACCACUGGUUUGGGAAUAUUUUACUUUUAUUGUUUUUUUAAAUCAUCCUAAAGGUUUUCAUUAGAACAAAUGGAAAAACAAAUGAACUAGAGAUAUUGUGUGUGUGUGUGGGGGGGGUGUAUUUCCAUUCUUGGCAAAAUCAGGUGUGCCUAAGGAAAUUUAAGAAUGAUUCAAACUUCAGAAGCGGGGAGCACGGAUCCUAGCACUGAGCCAGAUGAGCAUGACAGGCGAAACAGCGAGCGUGUUGACUUUGGACAGCACAAGGAGAGCUUCCCACCGACCCUUGUGCCCCCUCCAUGGGAAAUAGCUUUGCUCUUGGCUGGGCACAGUUAGAUUUGCCGUGGAAAUGCCAAAGAGGGCGAAUUUGGGGAGAUCUGCUCUCUUUGGGGCGUUUGCCUGUGUGUGUGUGUGUGUGUGUGUUGGGUGUGUUCAUGUAUGUGAAUGUAUCCAUGAAGUUGGAUCUUUUCAGGCCACGUAUUUGUGUUUUUUUGUCCAUGUUCCUUUUAACUCUCAUCUGCUGUUCAGACUCUUGAACCACUGAUAUUUUCCAGAGCUGCUCAUGUUUUUCCCCCUUACUUCUCCCCACUUGCAGUGUUUAAGAUUUCUCCUAGCUAAAAUAUAUAUAUAUAUACACACACACACACACACACGUAUGUGUGUAUACACAAGGAUAUCAGUAUUGACUAGAACAAUUCAUCGCCCCUUUUAGGUAACAGUUAACUCCCGAUGUUUCUUUGUCCUGGCUGUCCAGCACCUUUUCUCGGAGAGCUGUGUUCUUGGCUCCAUCCGACCCCUGUUGCUGCAGACAGAACUGAAGUGUCUCUUUACUGGAGCCAGCUUCUGUGCAGCAAGACAUGGCGUGGUUACAGUCUGCCAGGGCCAGUCUUGUGAGCAGGGACUAAUUUCAGCCCCCCUCCCCUUCCUGUCUUUCCUGCUGGGGAUGGACGAGCUGUCUGCACCUGGCACAUCUGCUGCUCCAUUGUCCCUCUUGUGUUUUCUUUUUGAGGCACCCUUUCUCCCUCCCACUUUUUUUGUCCUUCAGUUUUUUGGGGUGUGUUAUUCCUGUGAAACCAGAAACGGCCAUCGUUUCUUACCCAGAGUCAAGCAUAUGGUUCGUGUUCCCAGAAAGGGCUUGCUGGCUGUUACUAGUGAGAAUUAGGAGAGGCCACAGUAAGAGUGAGUGUCGCACCUUCAGAGCAUUUGUCUGCUGCAAUAAUAAAUGGAAAAAUGGGCAAGAA